AUGAUGGAAGAAAGUCGGCCAGCUGAACUCAAAAAUCGAUGGCGUUACUUUCAGGAAACUUAUAUGAAGCCAGAAGCAAAUGAUGGACAGAAAAUGAUCGAUGUAACAAUUUUUGUUGGACAUGCUUUUUCCGAGAUACUGAAAGCAAUUGAUAUACAUCGAGCUGCAGGUCUUAUGGACCAACUGAACGAGAAGUGGUGGCGUCUACUUGACAGGACAGAUGUUAUACCUGGUCAGAGACUCGGUAGUGAUCCACCGGCGUUUGUUCAGAGAGUCGAAGUCAGCGAGGAGCCGAUGACAGUUAAUAAUUUUCUGUUUGAAGAAUCUCUCCGAGACGUCGAAGACCAUGUCUGGGAAAUGAAAGAUGCCAUCGUCGACCUCAAAUGCUCUGCCAACCAAUUCUUUCUUCGAGACAAUCCAAACAUUAAAGCUGACAUCAUUCACUACCAAGCAAUUCGAGCUCCAGGCAACAUUCCAGAUCCUCUUGGACAACAUUUGUACGCUAUCAAAGAUGCUUUCGACGAGAAAUAUGAGGUGCAUCUGGUUCCACUGUUACAAGAAGCCUGUAAAGCUCAAUGGUGGGCAUUACAAGCGGGAGAAGGUUUGGGUGUUCAUGCAGCAAUUGGACCGGUAGUGACCACAGGGUGGGGAUCAUCAACAUCACCAUCGGCAAGAACAACACCACCAUUAAAUUACAUGCCUGAAGACGACGAUGACGAUGACCACGCUGAUAUUGACGAACGACGACCUUCUGGCGACAGGGAUGACAGACGAAUGAUCGUCGAUUCCAGCGUACCUGACACAUCAUCAAGUUCAUCAUCGUCGUCCUCCUCGUCUAGCUCGCACAUGUCAGCACACGGUGCAGAUACCCCGAUGAGUCUGCCACGAUCGGAUGACGAAGGAUCUCAGCAGGAAGAAAGAGAUGAUCUGGACAUGUCAGUGUCGUCCGACUUUGACGAGGAAGGAUACCGGCCGCCUAGAGCUCAAGCACCAGCAGUUAAUGCAAAAGCGUGGAAAAUUAUUUCCGACAAAAAAUUUUUUGAAGAUUUUGAGGAAUUUUGCGAGACACGAAGUAAUGUAGAAGCCGAUGUAGCCUUAAUUGUAUCGAAAAAUACCUUCAUAACAACGGGAGGCGGUGAUCGACGUUUUAGACAGGGAAUUAGACAGGCACAUCGAGCAUUAGGAAUAACUGCAGAUGAUGUAGCUCUUCAUAUACAGGGACAAGGUGCAGGAGGCGAUCAGUGA